AUGAAGCCAUUACCUGACAAUGUCAAGGUGGUAUAUUUUGCCAGUGACCUUAUGGAGCCCUAUGUUCAGAUUCUCACCGGAAAAGACCCAAAGCGCCGUUUAAGUCUAUGCAGCUCCGACUCAGAAACAGAAGAACAUGAGUACCGGGGGAACGCAAAAGACGUUCUCCCUGUUUUAAGUGACUAUAGCGAGAUCCUUGAUGACAGGCACCUGAUAAGUCUUGCAUCUCACAUGCCAGAAAGAACACAAGGCUAUCGAUGGCAACUGGUCUACAGCACUGCUGUCCAUGGGAGCAGCUUAAAGACACUCUACAGAAACAUGGUGGGUCUGGACAGUCCUGUGUUGCUGGUUGUUAAAGACAUGCAAAAAAAGGUUUUUGGAGCCUUUUCAUCUGAUCCGUUUCGAGUUAGCAAAUACUGCUACGGCACAGGGGAAACUUUUCUAUUCACCUUUAACCCUGACUUCCAGGCUUAUAAGUGGACUGGGGAGAAUUCUUACUUUGUAAGCGGAAACUUGGAGUCUCUUCAUCUUGGAGGGGGCGGGGGAGAAUUUGGGCUAUGGAUUGAUGCAGAUUUGUACCGAGGGUCGAGUUUUUCAUGCCCCACAUUCCACAAUGCUCCACUCUCUACACAGAAAGACUUCAUCAUACAAGAGCUUGAGGUCUGGACAGUACGAAACUGA